CAAAUUUCUCCCUGUUGCCAAAAGGAAUUUAUAAAGUUAAAUUCCUCAGACUUUUUAAAUUUAAUUCUUGUCGAAGCAAACCGCGGGCGAGAUCUAGUCAUUACGACCAUUAGCUCCAAAAUUUUCCGUUUCGGUUUCUUCACAUACAAGAUUGAUUCACAGAGUUGGUCUUCAAUUUAAGUUCAUUUAGCUGGUUGAUGAGAACCACUACCACGCCGGAUGAAUGGCCGCCGGACGGGCAAUUCCCAUUUGAUCUUUUUAUAUCGAAGAAAUAUAAGUCUUUUUGGGAUGCUGGCAACAUCCAAUUUACCGAUGCUGUUGGCAAUUUGUUCUUCAGAGUUGACCGUCGUCAAUCAAAUAAUUCAUCUGCUCAUACCCAUCACCAGAAACUAAUUCUUGAUGCAUCGGAAAAUACCCUAAUUCGCUUAGUUCGAUUAAUUAAAGGAUCAUGGCAAGGCUUUAUGGUAAGUGAUAAUGAAGAAAAGGAGUUGAUGUUCAGUGUGAAUAGGACGCUAAAUACAUUUACUAAACUAGAGUUUGACAUAUUCCUUGGUGAUGGACAUGGUGAGGGCGCAGAGGCUGAUCUUAAGAUGAAAGGUUCCGCCUUCCAGAGAUCCUGCACCAUCUACAAAGGCAAUUCCAUAGUAGCUGAGACUAGUCUUAUGUACACGCUUGGAUUCAGGAAGCAUUUCACUCUGAGGAACAGAUUUCGAGUAACCAUAUUUCCUGGUUUUGCUGAGCUUAGCCUUGUUGUGGCUUUGGUUGUAAUAUUUUUUGACAAACGGAAAUUUUGGCUAUAAAAAAGGCUGAAACUCUCAGCAUGAUGGAUGGCAGUGUAACAAAGAUAAUUAAAUCCGUCAUUCCUUUUUAUUUCAAUGUAACAAAUUUCAUUAAAGUUUCA